GCUGACUACUUCUGUUCUGGAAGCAAAGCCGGGGAAGAAAACGUGUUUCCUGCAAUCGUUCAAACUGGCAUAUAUGAGGAAAUUCGUGUUGCCAUGAAUAGGGUAGCCGCAAACGCUGCAAGCCUCAUAAUGGACGUAGAUAACAAUGAUGCCGAGCACUACAACUCCGUUGUGGCAAAGUUCGUUGGUGGAAAACGCAUAAACUAUUCGAUGAAAGGGUCCUACAAAACAAGGUGUCUUGCUGCUUCUUUAUCGGUGAACUGCAAAGGGACUUAUCAUGAAAAAAUUGCCCGCAGAAUUUCCGGCGGGAAGCUCGGAAAAUGUACAGCUUCAUUCGUGAAAGCGUCAGUUGCUCGAAGAAAAUCAAAGCAAAAGCUGCCGAAGAAGGCACCAUCAACCACACCACGCUCCCAGCGCCGAGUCAAAGAGCAUCAUCCUGGUGCUGAUGUUGACUAUGGUCUGCCAGACAUGGAGCCUGGAGCUUUGGCAACUGCUUCUGAGAACUUCGUAAAAUCGCUUUCGCUAUCAGUUACAAGCAUCGAAGACCUGCAGAGAGCAACAUCCAAGCAGAGUGGAUCUAGUCUGUGGAAACAUGAAAGGCGGAAGAGGUUGACAGCAUCAGUUUUUGGCGCUAUUUGUAAAAUGAAACCAACGACUGGAUGCGGACGCACAGUUGGAGACAUCUUGUACAAGGAAAUUAGUUCCGAAGCCAUCAGGUACGGACGGGACCACGAGUGCGUUGCCCUGAGGCAGCUUGAAAAGGAGUGCAACGUUGUUGUAAAACAGUGCGGCUUGUUCGUAGACCAGGAAAACCCCUUCCUUGGAGCUAGUCCGGACGGUCUGAUUGGGGAGGACGUCCUCGUGGAAGUGAAGUGUCCAUACUCAGCGAGGGACCUUACUCCACUAGAAGGAGUCCGAGCCAAAAAAAUAACAUACUGUACGGAAAACGAGGACGGAAAAUUGAAGCUUAAGUCCAAUAGUAACUAUUGGUCUCAAGUGCAAGGUCAGAUGAAUAUAUCUCGUCGUCAGAAAUGCCUUUUCGUGGUGUGGACAAAAAACGGCAUAAGCAUUGAGGCAAUAUCCAGAGAUGAAGUCUUUUGGAAGAAUGAGAUGUUCCCCCGGCUCAAAACAUUUUACAUGCACUGCAUGCUACCAGAGCUCGUGGACCCAAGGAGGAGCCGCGGCCUUCCAAUUCGCGAGCCUGAUCAUAUCACGGAGGCGCAAAAGAACCGUUUACUCAAGCAGGCUUUGAAGAAGACGUCUAGAAAUGGAGACUGCCAAUAAAUCACCAAGCAAUCCUGUUCUGACAAUGCUCUAGCGCGCCUGUUGAAAUUGCGACGCACGUCAGGAGUCGUACGUGUUUCCUCACACCAAUGCUGUUGUUUAUGCUUAGGGUUGCCAAUGCCGCUUAUUGUUGGUCGAUGACUGUGUCGUCGAGUGUUGAAGUAAAAUAUAUGUUGGUGAAUCAACAACUUUAAUCAUGCUCUUGCAAACGUGCCUUCAACCGAAUGGAGACUAC